AUGGGACCCGGACCCAAGCAUAAGGGAUCCCGCCCCAAGCCCAAGGUGCCUACGGGCAGUGUCCGCACGCCGCCCCUCUCGCGUACGGCCUCGUACGCAAGCGUGCACGCCGCGUCGUCGGCACCCGACUCGCCCGCGAGCUCGGUUUUCUCGCUCCGCUCGGCCCCGCCCACGCCCAACGCCAUCACCGGCAAGGUCCACUGGGGCCGCUCGCUCCACUUUGACGUCGGCGUCGUGUGCUGGUACAACGGCCUCGCGUGGCGCUGCACCACCGAGCACGCGAGCACCAAGAACUCGCAGCCCCCGGUCCGCCCCGACCUGUGGGAGAAGGUCGGCUUCCGUGCGCCGCCGCCCACCAGCUCGGCCGCCUCGGUCGCCUCGUCCCGCCCCUCGUCGCCCCUCAGCUCGAGCGGCAACGUCACCCCCACCCCAGGAUCCCCGACUACCUCGAUCCACCGCAGCGCCCUGUUCGCCGACACUCCGCCCGCGACCCCUGCGUCGGCCGGCUUCCCCAAGAAGAUCUCGACGCACGGCCCCAAGGACAACCACAAGGACAAGCACAAGUCUGCCCCCAAGAAGCACGCCGGCAAUGCCCACGGCCACCACGGCCAUGCGCACCACAAGACCAGCACUGGAUCGCUGAAGAGCAUUCUUCAGCCCGCACAGGCCACCCCGGCCGCCGCUGUCGUCGACACUGUUGCCGUCGCCGCCAGCACCAACGCCGUGGCUGCCACCAAGGCUGAGGAGAAGCUCAACGCCGUCGUCGCCAAGGACGAUGUCGUCGCUGCUGACAAGGAGGUCAAGGUCGAGGCCAAGCCGGUCGAGACUGAGACCAAGGUCGAGGUCAAGGUUGCCGAGACCAAGCCCGAGUCCAAGGUCGAGGUCAAGGUGACUGAGAAGCCUGCCGUCGUUGAGGCCAAGGUCAAGCCAGUUGCCGAGGUCAAGAAGGAGGCCGCUCCUGCCCCCACCCCUGCCUCUACCCCCGCGGUCACCCCCGUGGCCACCCCUGCCCCCGUUACCAAGCCGGCCCCGAUCACCUUCUUCCCCAAGAAGGCUUACACCGACGCCGUGACCAAGCUUGUCUACCGUCCCGUCACCCCUGCUCCCAAGGCCGAGGUUCCUGCCCCUGCUCCCAAGGUUGUCGCCGCUCCCAAGGUCGAGGCCGCCGCCCCCAAGACUGCUCCUGCCGCCGCUGCUGCCCCCGCCCCCGAGGUCGAUGUCCCUGCUCACCCGUACGGCUACCUCCCGACCCUUUCCGAGGUCGAGGCAGCCAAGGCCAAGGCCCCCGCCGCUCCCGCCGCCACCUCCGCGCCCAAGUCCGAAUCCGUCGCCGAGGUGCCCGGGGCUACUCCUGCUAAGACUGCUUGCUCUUGCCCUCACCCCCACGUCGCUGCUCCCAAGGCCACCCCCGCCCCCGCCGCUGUCAAGCCCGUGGUCAAGGAGGAGGCCAAGCCCGUCGCCGCCAAGCCCGUUGCCAAGAAGGAGGAGGCUAAGGUUGCCAUCACCAAGGCUGCUGGACCCGUCCUCGCCAACCUUGUCAGCCAGGAGCAGUUCCUCCGCGAGCUCCGCACCAUCCACGGCCAGGCCUUCCAGUACCCCGUUGUCGCCAACAAGACUGUCAACCUCUACGAGCUCCUCGCUGCCGUCGUGUCGUACGGUGGUUACCGUGUUCUCGACGCCGAGCCUAUCUCAGCUACCUGGACCACUGUGACCAACUUCGUCGGCUACGGCCUCGGCGUCGACCCCCUUGUCCCUCCCCGCAUCCGUGAGGUGUACAUCAAGUACCUCGCCGGCAUCGAGGUGUGGUACCUCCCCCGUCCUGACGCCCCGAUCCUUCCCUGGGCUGCCAACACCCUCUACGAGGCCGGUACCACCGUUCUCCACGGCAAGGACAAGUUCUAUGCCAAGGUCACGCACCGCAGCACUCUCGAGGAGAGCCUUGGCUUCACCCACCUCUGGGCCGCUCUCGGCAAGCCGUACACCCUCCCCUACGUUAUCAACCAGGUCUGCGUGCCCACCCCCAAGGUCCAGGCCGCUGCUCCCAAGGCUGCUCCCAAGGUCGCCAAUAAGUUCAUCCUCGGAUACGCUGGCCCUGAUGUCACCAAGACCAAGGGUGACUCGUCGGCUCCUUGGAAGGCUGGCUACCGUUACAACGUCGGCGAGCUCGCCUGGGACGGCAAGAAGGUCUACGCUGCCAAGAUCACGCACUCGGGCACCAACAUCGAGUCGCUCCGCUACACCCACCUCUGGAACCCGCUGUUCACCCCUGCUUACCUUGCCAUUGCUGCUGCCCCCUGGGCCAAAUACAGCACCUACUAUGUUGGCGACAUUGUGUCGUUCAACGGUGUUGCCUACCAGGCGCUCCUCGCCCACACUGCUGCCCACGAGCCCACCGAGGACCUCGUCUGGACCAAGGCCCCUACCAACCGCCCCGCGACCAUCAUCGUUAUUGACAAGCCCAAGCCUACCGUCGCCAAGGCCGUCUCGCCCAAGCUUGCUGCCACUCCCCCUUCGCCUGCCUCGCCCAAGAUCAAGAAGACGGUCAGCUUCGAGGACAUUCCCUCUGUCCGCCAGAUUGAGCGCAACCCCAGCCCCAAGAUCGACCUGAAGCGCCUCCUCCCCGCUCCUGCUGCUGCUGCCGCCGCCGCUGCUCCCGCCCUUGCGCCUAGCCACGGCAGCUUCCCCGCCAUUGGCGAGCUCAAGAACAUUGUCAACGAGUGGUUCGAGAAGGACAAGGCCGACAAGGCCGAGAAGGACGCCAAGCUCGAGACAAAGGUCGUCAAGGUCGGCGGCGUCCCCGUCGAGGUCAAGGUUCUCCCCGACCCCAAGCCUGCCCCGACUACCCCUGUGCCCAUGCACGCCGGUCGCCCCAAGCGUGCCGGUCACACCCGCACUCCCUCGGCUCACUCGUUCCCCGUCGCUGCUGGCCUUGCCCCCGUCGUCACCGCCCCCGCGGCCCCGUCGUCGGUCACCUCGCCCCUUGCCUCGCCGACCGACUCGCCCCUCGCUCAGCUCCCCAGCGAGAUCGACUUUGUCACCGAGCUCCGCAGGCUCCACUUCAACCCCCACCUGCAGUACCCGAUUGUCAACGGUCGCCAGGUCAGCAUGUAUGCCCUGUUCAGCUGUGUCCAGGCUAUCGGCGGCUCCAGGGAGGUAAGCUUACCAUGUUGUCGACAAGCUGACAUUCAGGCCGAUGCCCAGCCCAUCGACAAGCUUUGGGCUGUUGCUGCCUCGUUCGUCGGCUUCACUGGCCUCAUUCCCGCUACCCUCGGCUCUCACGCCGUCUACAAGGCUAUCCGCGCCGUCUACCACGAGUACCUCGGACGCUACGAGGAGCUUUACGUCGCCAAGGCGCGUGCCGUCAAGGUUGGUGAGAAGGUCAAGCAGAGUGCCAAGAUCAAGGUGGGUCCCAAGCCUGUUGUCAGCGAGAAGCCGGUCGAGGUGAAGGCGGAGCCCAAGAAGGUCGAGAAGGUGGUUGAGAAGGCGAAGGAGGUGGAGAAGCCGCUCGAGGUCGUGAAGCCUACCGAGGUGAUUGAGCCCGAGGUUGUCGCUGUGAUUGCCUCGGAGCCAGCUCCUCCCGUGGACAAGGCCAUCAAGUCUGAGGUCGUCGCUGAGCCCCGUGUCAAGUUUGAGCCCGAGGUCCUCGCUGCCCCCGCCGUGGAGAAGCAGUUCGCUCCGUCUUUCACUGGUCGUAGCAUCGACGACCUCAAGGCCGAUGUCAAGGAGUUUUGGGAGGAGAAGAAGCCGGAGGAGAAGGCCGCCGUGCCUGUUGUCAAGGGAGCCCCAGUCACAGCCUCGUUUGCCCCUGUGACUGCUCCAGUCCUUCAGGCUCCCGCUGCUGCCCCUGCCCCCGCCCCCACUCCUGCACCCUCAGCUGACGACGACAUCAAGAUCGACAUUAGCGAGGCCGAGUUCCGUGUGCGCCUCGAGGCUGUUCACAACCGUGCCGUUGCCUACCCGAUCGUCAACGGCCGCCAGGUCAACCUCUACUCGCUCUUCACCUUUGUGCUUGCCAAUGGUGGCUCGGGUGCUCUUGACAAGGACUUCGACAAGCUGUGGCCCGUUGCCGCGGCGUUCGUCGGCUUCCGCGGCCUGACUCCCGACCACCUCGGCGCGCUCGCUCUCGUUAACCAGAUCCGCAACCUCUACCAGACGUACCUCGGUCGUCUGGAGGAGGCUUACUGGGUCAAGAAAAGCGGCAAGAUCGAGCAGCCCAAGGUCGAGGUUACCGUCAAGCCCGAGGCCGCUCCCGCCCCCAAGCCCGUCGCUGCGGCGCCCAAGCCGGAGAGGGCUCCGGCCAAGAAGCCGCGCACUCUCCAGCCCACUGGCCAGGUGAUCCGCGAUGCCCUCGCUGCCGAGCGCAAGGAGAAGAAGGAGGCCGAGGCCAAGGCCAAGGCUGAGAAGAAGGUGGAGCCCAAGGUUGAGGCGCCCAAGGCCGUCGACCCUACCACUGUUUCGGAGCAGUUCUUCCUCGACAGGCUCCACGAGGCCCACGGCACCAAGAACCUCCAGCCCGCCUUUGUCGUCAACAAGAAGAUCAGCCUUUACGCGCUCUACUCGUUUGUCAUUGCCAACGGCGGAUACAAGCUCUUCGAUGCCCAGCCCAUUGAGGACCUGUGGACCCGCGCCACCAUCGCCAUUGGCUUCAACGACCUUGUGCUCGGCACCCCGUCGGCCAUCGUAACAGUCAGUCGCGUCAAGGACAUCUACCGCAUCUUCCUCAAGCGUCUUGAGGACAAGGUCAGCGCCCUCGUCGAGGCCGACCACCAGAUUCGUGCGACCAAGCCUGCUAAUGCGGUGCAGGAGAAGGUUGUUGUGGAGGAGAAGAAGGAGGUCAAACCGGCUGCCGCUGCCCCUGUUGCUGCUGCUACCCCCGCAGUGGCUCCCGCUGUGUCCAAGGACAAGGAGGUUAGUGCCCCAGCCGUGCUUCCAGCUCCACCCGCACCGGUUCUUCCCAUUGUCGGAGACACGGGCGUGACUCGGUGGAAGACCGACACGUUCUACAACGCCGGUGCGGUGGUGCUGCAUGGAGUGUCGGCGUAUCGUGCCAAGAUCGGCCACAGGAGUAGCAAGGUCGAGGCUCUGACGUACCACAACCUGUGGGAGAAGGUCAAGGUCGUUCCCGACUGGGUCAAGGACAAGGAGUACAAGUCUGGCGAUGUUGCUCUCUCCGCCGGCGAGGAGUGGGAGGCUCUCCGCGACCACAAGUCUGCCAAGCCGCCUACCGAGGACGACCUCUGGACGAGCCGCACCAACCCCCCGCGCGUCAAGAAGGUCAGUCCCGUGUCUGUUACUCCCAUCCCUGUCGUUGUCAACACGGGCAUCCGUCCCGAGUCUGUUGUCAACUGGCGCUUCAACACGCUCUUCCGUGUUGGAGAUGUCGUGUGGUGGGCUGGCCGGGCGUUCAAGUGCAAGCUUGAGCACGUCAGCGGCGACCGGGUCAGUCCGCCACUUCGCAAUUGCCACAAGGGUGCUGACAUCUCGCAGCUGCCAUGGGACUCGAAGAUCUGGGACAAGGUCCCCGACCUCUCGCCUCCUGCCCCUCUCGCGGCGAGCCCCGCUGCUCCCCGCACGACUCCCGACUGGGAGAAGGGUGUUCCCUACUCGACCGGCAGUGUCGUCUGGUUCGCUGGCAAGAACUGGCGUAGCAUCAAGGGCCACAUCAGCACGGCUGUGCAGACCCCUUGGGUGAAGGACCUCUGGGUCAAGGUCGAGGACCACGAGCUCGACGGCCUUGUCAUCCCUCCGGCUCCUAAGGUCGCUCCUGCCGUUGUCGCUUCUGCCCCUGCUACUGCUCCCGUUGCGGCUGCCCCUGCCCCCAAGGUUGAGGCGCCCAAGUCCACACCCGUGGUCUCGGCCCUUUACACCCGUCUCAACCGCGUGCCAUGGGAGUACGGCCACCUCUACGAGGAGGGAGCUGUCCCUUGGAUUGGCGAGACCCCGUGGCGUUGCGUUGCUGCUCCCAAGGAGGGUGUCAGCACUGGCCUCUGGAUCAAGCACACCGACAUUGCCAAGGAGUGGAAGCCUCAGUCUGUUCCCGAGGGUGUUCCCAAGGUCGCUGCUCAGGCUCCCAAGGCUCCCUCCGCGCCAUCCAAGAAGCAGGUUGUCCCUACUGCUUGGACCUACGGAGUCAAGUACACCGCUGGCCAGGUCGUCUCGCACGGCAGCGGUCUCUGGCGCGCCGAGAAGGACCACGUGUCCGGCGAAUAUGUGAGCGUCCCACCCGGCACCGUCAUGGACUGGCGCUCAUUGGCAAAGUCGCCUGCCCAGGGUGUGCAGAACGGUCUGUGGUCCGAGUUCAAGCCCCGUGCCGACGAGGUUCUGGUCCAGGCCACUGUCCCCGCUCCGGUCCUGAAGCCUGCUGUCUCUGCCGCCCCCGCCCCCAGUGUCGCCGUCUCACCUGUGCCCAAGAUCAAGGUGCCCGAGCCCGAGAUCACCAACUGGAACUGGAACGGUGUGCAGUACCGCGUCGGUCAGGUUGUCUUCCACGCCGACCGCCACUGGCGCGUCGCCCAGGACCACGUCUCGACUUCGGCUGUUCUUCCCCACCAGGGUGCUGUCUCUGGCCUGUGGGAGCUUGUCGGCGAGAAGUCGCCUUCGGCCCACUGGCCUCCCGAGGUUGCUGUUGUCGACAGCCUGUCGACCGGCGAGAAGGUCGUUGUGGACAAGGUCGCCAUUGACGUUGCCAAGACCGACAAGCCCAAGAAGAACCCCGUAGUAAAGGUGAAGGAUUUUGGCGUCGCUUCAAGGCCCGCGUCUGAGGUGGAUCCUACGCCUCUGCCCAAGGUUCGCCCCAAGAGUGGUGUUUCCGACGGCAACAAGGGGGACUGGAAGCCGUACACCAAGUACGACGUCGGUGACAUUGUGUGGUACCAGGGUGUUGCUUGGAAGUGUAUCCGCUCGCCAACCAACAAGACUGCACCAUCAAGCGACCAAUUCUGGGAGACUGUCAAGGCGCCAACGCCCGCUGUCCCGGCCCCUUCGAUUGCCCAGAUCCUCGACGAGCCCGUGUCCUCCGACAUUCGUACCUGGUCCCGCAACGUUCACUUCGCCGUCGGCGACGUCGUCUCGCACUCGGGUGCCGCUUGGAAGUGUGUCUUUGCGCACACUUCUGUCCUUGAGCCCUCGCAGGGCGUCCUGUGGGACAAGGAAAGCGGCCAGCAACACCUCGUCCCCGCACAGUCGGCGGGGCCUUCCACCACGACCUCGACGCCGAUCGACACUAGCGCUUCUGUUCCUUGGGCUCGCGCUGCUACCUACGAGCCCGGAGCGGUUGUCAAGCAUGUCGACGGCGUCUGGAUCGCUCUGUUCAAGCACAUCGGUGUUCUUCCUCCAUCCGAGGGAGUCCUAUGGCACCUUGUCGCCGGUACUCCUGCCCCCGUCUCUGUCGCCUCUGCCCCCACCUCCGCCCCCGCCCCCGCCCCCACCCCCGUUCCCGCUCGCAAGACUUAUGUCGGCCCCGUCCACUGGGAGCCUCACAAGACGUACCCCAAGGGCACUCUCGUCUGGACUGGCGCUUGGGUCUGGGAGUCCCUGGAAACGCACACAAGUCGCAAAGUUCCCGCCCACUCUCGCGAGCACUGGCGCCUAGUCGGCAGCCGCUGGGACCGCUCUCCCAGCUACGUCGCCAACUAG